AAAACUGAAUAGAAGACACGUAGAAAAACAUCUUUACAUUUAGUGUUUGUGUGUCCUGCCAAUUCAGGUCCAUAAGGGUAGUAAAGAUGACCGGACGACUUCCAGCGUGUGUAAUCGAUGUAGGAACUGGCUACACAAAACUUGGAUUUGCGGCGAAUAAGGAACCGCAGUUCAUCAUUCCUUCUGCAAUUGCAAUUAAAGAAUCGGCCAAAGUAGGUGAUCAGAAUGCCCGCAGAGUGACCAAAGGCGUGGAAGAUUUAGAUUUUUACAUUGGCGAUGAAGCGUUCGAUGCUACUGGAUACUCUGUUAAGUAUCCCGUACGCCACGGUUUGGUUGAAGAUUGGGACUUGAUGGAACGGUUUCUGGAGCAAUGCAUUUUCAAGUACCUGCGUGCUGAACCAGAAGAUCAUCACUUUCUGCUGACGGAGCCUCCGCUAAACACACCCGAAAACCGAGAAUAUACCGCCGAAAUCAUGUUUGAAACAUUCAACGUGCCGGGUCUGUACAUUGCCGUUCAGGCAGUGCUGGCACUUGCAGCUAGCUGGGCUUCCCGCCCGGUCGAAGAGCGAACGUUAACCGGUAUCGUGGUUGACAGUGGUGACGGUGUAACACAUGUUAUUCCUGUGGCCGAGGGAUACGUGAUCGGUUCGUGCAUCAAACACAUUCCAAUUGCAGGCCGUAAUAUUACCUCCUUCAUCCAGAGCUUGCUGCGCGAGCGUGAGGUUGGUAUUCCUCCCGAACAAAGCUUGGAAACAGCGAAAGCUAUUAAAGAGCGAUAUAGCUACAUUUGUCCGGACAUUGCAAAAGAGUUUGCAAAAUACGAUGCUGAACCGACCAAGUGGAUGCGCCACUAUGAAGGCAUCAAUGCCAUUACGAAGAAUCCUUUCGGAGUUGACGUCGGGUACGAGCGAUUCCUGGGGCCGGAAAUUUUCUUUCAUCCGGAAUUUUCAAACCCUGAUUUUACAACGCCUCUGUCGGAAAUUGUAGAUACAGUUAUACAAAACUGCCCUAUCGAUGUACGACGACCACUAUAUAAUAACAUAGUUUUGAGCGGUGGAUCCACAAUGUUCCGUGAUUUUGGGCGACGUCUGCAGCGCGAUAUUAAACGCAGUGUUGAUGCACGACUGAGAAUUAGUGAAAAUCUUAGUGAAGGAAGGAUUAAGCCAAAACCUAUUGAUGUGUCCGUAAUUUCUCAUCAUAUGCAACGAUAUGCCGUCUGGUUUGGAGGUAGCAUGCUGGCAUCCACGCCCGAGUUUUACCAAGUCUGCCACACGAAAGCUGCAUACGAAGAGUACGGUCCCGGUAUAUGUCGUCAUAAUCCUGUGUUUGGCACAAUGACAUAGAUUUGAUAAAUCAAAACUAAUGAACACAUUCGCAAAUGAAAAAUUAUGAUCAUCAAGCUUGAUUUUGCGAGAUGUAAGAAACAGUAUCAAAAAACAAAAACGAUAAACGUAAAAACGAGUAACAGAUAUAAUUUGAACAACUACUAACGAAGACUAGAAGUCUGUUUUAGAAUAUUAUUUACCAAAAGUAAUUCACAUAUUGAAAACAUUGCUUAAGUUUUGAUUGCAUACUGGAGAAAUAGUAGUAACUUCAAGAAAUGGUGGCAUUUAAAAAAAGUUUGUUAUGUUUUUUACAAAAUCUGCUCAUUUGAGGUGGUUAGUAUAAACAAGCUAUAGCUGGAUAGUAUAAACCUUUUUGUGCUGGGAGGUAUUAUUGAAAAUUUUUGCUUUUUUCUAAUGCUAAUAGACUUACUAUUGGUUAUAGCACAAGUGUAUACAUUUUAAUGGAAGAUUCAAGAAAGUACUAAAAAUUCGGAUAAUCAAAUCGAAACCUCGAUGCUACAUAAGGUUAUAGCAUAUUGGUUUCAGCUCAAUAAGUAUUGUAAUAGUUUGGUUCAUAGGAAAAUAACUGCCGAUUUUAGCAUAAUUCAAUCGAUGUAAGUACUAUUGAUUGAUUUCUUGAUCCCUUUCUAACAUUGAAGCAAAUUUUCGAAAUACAUUUAUUGGUAGUAAAAAAACGAUAGUCAAUUGAAAAAAAUAUUUGUAUUUGAAAGAUCGCUGUAAAGAAUCCGGAAUAUCUCAAACAAAUAGACCACAUCUGGAUCGAAUGCAAGCCAGUUUAUACAACUGCAUGAGCAUCCACAUUUUCGUUUGUCACUGAUUUUUUCGGAAGUUCUAAAAUAAAUUUGAAACUAAUAAAUGCAAUGCAAUGAAACAAACAAUUAAAUAUUAUAAACUUUUUUAAGAUCUCCAUAAAGCUC